CUGAGAGCCCCCAAAUUAAGCCCCCCUGCUUUAGAUCCCCCCCCAAAAUAUUAAAUUUUGUUUAAUAAGAUGUCAUCUCAUAUCUACUGAGGAAUCCCAUACAUUUUCAAAUGUCAUGGUGUAGCAUUUCCCCCUUAUUAAUAUGCACCGUUUAAUCUGUAGAAAAAUAUACCUCUGUUACGAUAGCUUUGAUUUCUGAUUAGUCUACAGGUAAAAUGGAUGAAAACCAGUUUGUGGCCAUUACCAGCAGUAACGCUGCCAAAAUCUUCAAUCUGUAUCCGCGAAAAGGCAGGAUUGAAGUUGGUUCCGAUGCUGACCUUGUUAUAUGGGAUCCCGACAAGGAGAAGACAAUCACAGCAAAAAGCCAUAAAUCGGCUGUUGAAUAUAACAUUUUUGAAGGCAUGGAAUGCCGCGGGGCUCCCUACAUAGUUAUUAGCCGAGGGAAGAUUGUGUUUGAGGAUGGGAAUUUGUCGAUGAGGAAAGGAUCGGGGUCUUUCAUCCCGCGAAACUCCUUUCCAGAGUAUCUUUAUCAACGGAUCAAAACUAGGAAUAAGGUAUGUUUACUCACUUCCUCGUAAUCUUUCAAUACUACCCUUCGGUACACAGCUUGCUUUCAUUAAUUAUAAGCAGUC